AUGACGGCGAACGGGACGGCCGAGCCGGUGCAGAUUCAGUUCGGGCUCAUCAACUGCAGCAACAAGUACCUGACGGCCGAGGCUUUCGGGUUCAAGGUCAAUGCCUCAGCCGCCAGCAUGAAGAAGAAGCAGAUCUGGACGCUGGAGCAGGACGGGGAGGACUCCAGUGCCGUGCUGCUGAAAAGCCACCUGGGCCGGUACCUGGCAGCCGACAAGGACGGCCGGGUGAGCUGCGACAGCGAAGAGCCCGGUCCCGACUGUCGCUUCUUGGUGGUGGCUCACGGCGACGGGCGCUGGUCGCUGCAGUCCGAGCCCCACCGCCGCUUCUUCGGCGGCACCGAGGACCGUCUGUCUUGCUUCGCCCCCGCCGUCUCGGCAACCGAGAAAUGGAGCGUCCACUUGGCCAUGCAUCCCCAGGCCAACCUCUACAGCCUGGCCCGCAAGCGCUACGCCCACCUGGGACCUCGCCGCGACGAGCUGGCCGUGGACCGCGACGUGCCGUGGGGCGUGGAUGCCCUCAUCACCCUCCUCUUCGUGGAUCAGCGCUACAGCCUGCAGAGCUGCGACCACCGCCUGCUCCGCAGCGACGGUCGCCUGGUGCCCGCCGCCGAGCCCGGCACCGCCUUCACACUCGAGUUUCGCUGCGGGAAGGUGGCCUUUCGCGACGGGGAGGGUCGUUACCUGGCUCCCUCGGGACCCAGCGGUACCCUCAAGGUGGGAAAGAGCUCCAAGGUGGGCAAGGAUGAGCUCUUCGCCCUGGAGCAGAGCUGCCCGCAGGUCGUGCUGCGAGCCGGCAACGACAGGAAUGUCUCCACCCGGCAAGGGAUGGACCUCUCAGCCAACCAAGAUGAGGAGAGUGACCAGGAGACCUACCAGCUGGAGAUCAACAAGGACACCAAGAAAUGCGCCUUCAGGACCUACACUGGCAAGUACUGGACCCUCACCUCCAAUGGGGGCAUCCAGUCCACCGCCUCCACAAAGAACGCCAGCUGCUAUUUCGACAUCGAGUGGUGCGACAAACGCAUCACCCUGAGAGCUGCCAACGGCAAGUACGUGACGGCCAAGAAGAACGGGCAGCUGGCAGCCUCCAUGGAGACAGCAGGUGAGACGGAGCAGUUCGUGAUGAAGCUGAUCAACAGGCCGAUCAUCGUGCUGCGCGGUGAGCACGGCUUCAUCGGCUGCCGCAAGGUCACCGGCACCCUGGACUCCAACCGCUCCUCCUACGACGUCUUCCAGCUGGAGUUCAACGACGGAGCCUACAACAUCAAGGAUUCUACCGGGAAGUACUGGAUGGUGGGCAGCGAGUCGUCCGUCACCAGCAGCAGCGACACCCCCGUGGACUUCUUUUUCGAGUUCUGCGACUAUAACAAAGUGGCCAUCAAGAUCCAUGGCAAGUACCUGAAGGGUGACCACGCCGGGGUCCUCAAGGCAUCAGCCGACGCCAUCGACGCCUCCACCCUCUGGGAAUAUUGA